GUGCAUGCACUGGCUGAAAAAAAUAAAGCCAGAUGUUUCCCCUUACCUGGAUGCGUCCUCCCAUCCUUUAGUGAGUAUUUAUUUGGUGCCUGUUCUAAUCCCUUUCCCAGCUCCAGUAGCUUUGUCCUGGGUCCUGGUUCCUGGUCUCCUGCUAGGCUGGAAGCAGUUCUUGCUAUAUGCUAGGUUGUUGUGAACUGAGAGCUGAACUGAGUUUCCUCUGAAGUCUGUGAGGGCCACCUCACUGCAUGGCAUCACUCCAUAACCCUGCUGGACACGCCCUUGCAGGAGGUUAUUCUGAAGAUGGGGGUGAAAUGGCUGGUAAAUGCAGAUUUUGGCAUUUACAUUUGGUUGCAAGUAUCAGAUACUAAAAGAAAACCCACAGCCUUUACAAAACAAAAAGUUUAUUCCUUUCUUACGCAACAGAAAUCUAAAGAUUAACAGUCCAGGAGAUUAAUAUCAGUUUCACGGUAUUAGUUGUUGCACAUGUAUGUUCAGUUGCCCAGGUUAUGCACCGCACAGCUCCAGGGGAUGUCACUCCAACGGACUGUGAUUCUAAAGGCAUAAACCAGAUGAGGCAACAGUGACCAAGGUUCCUUCCUUCUUUCUAUUUCACCACCCUUUGUACGUGGCUUCUUCCCUCAGUGUUGCUUCAUGGUUCAAGAUAACUGCUGUGUUCCCAUCCUCACAUUCACAUUCUUUGCAAGAAACAGAAGGAAGGGAGGAAAAGGGCAAAGUGUACAUCCUAGACUUCUGUGACUUCCGAUGAAGUAAACCAGAUCAUGGAAACCAAUUUGUGGCUGCGUCACAUCUGGAAUGAUUAUAAAUUGCGCUGGGAUCCAGUGGAAUAUGAUGGCAUUGAGACUCUUCGCGUUCCCGCGGAUAAGAUUUGGAAGCCCGACAUUGUUCUCUAUAACAAUGCUGUUGGUGACUUCCAAGUUGAAGGCAAGACAAAAGCUCUUCUUAAAUACAAUGGCAUGAUAACCUGGACUCCACCAGCUAUUUUCAAGAGUUCCUGCCCUAUGGAUAUCACCUUUUUCCCUUUUGAUCAUCAAAACUGUUCCCUAAAAUUUGGUUCCUGGACGUAUGACAAAGCUGAAAUUGAUCUUCUAAUCAUUGGAUCAAAAGUGGAUAUGAAUGAUUUUUGGGAAAACAGUGAAUGGGAAAUUAUUGAUGCCUCUGGCUACAAACAUGAUAUCAAAUACAACUGUUGUGAAGAGAUAUACACAGAUAUAACCUAUUCUUUCUACAUUAGAAGAUUGCCAAUGUUUUACACAAUUAAUCUGAUCAUCCCCUGUCUCUUUAUUUCAUUUCUAACCGUGUUGGUCUUUUACCUUCCUUCGGACUGUGGUGAAAAAGUGACGCUUUGUAUUUCAGUCCUGCUUUCUCUGACUGUGUUUUUGCUGGUCAUCACAGAGACCAUCCCGUCCACAUCUCUGGUGGUCCCACUGGUGGGUGAGUACCUGCUGUUUACCAUGAUCUUUGUCACACUGUCCAUCGUGGUGACUGUGUUUGUGUUGAACAUACACUACCGCACCCCAACCACGCACACCAUGCCCAGGUGGGUGAAGACAGUUUUCCUGAAGCUGCUGCCCCAAGUCCUGCUGAUGAGGUGGCCUCUGGACAAGACAAGGGGCACAGGCUCUGAUACAGUGCCCAGAGGCCUUGCCAGGAGGCCUGCCAAAGGCAAGUUUGCAAGCCUUGGGGAACCCAGACAUCUUAAAGAAUGCUUCCACUAUCACAAAUCAAAUGAACUUGCCAACAGCAAGAGAAGAUUAAGUCAUCAGCCGUUACAGUGGAUGGUGGAAAAUUCGGAGCACUCGCCUGAAGUUGGAGAUGUGAUUAACAGUGUUCAGUUCAUAGCAGAAAACAUGAAGAGCCACAGUGAAACCAAGGAGGUAGAAGAUGACUGGAAAUACGUGGCCAUGGUGGUGGACAGAGUAUUUCUUUGGGUAUUUAUAAUUGUCUGUGUGUUUGGAACUGCAGGGCUAUUUCUACAGCCACUACUUGGGAACACAGGAAAAUCUUAAAAUGUAUUUUACCUUUAUGUUCAGAAAUUUACAGACACCAUAUUUGUUCUGCAUUCCCUGCCACAAGGAAAGGAACACAAAGGCUUCCCCCCCAAGUCCCCCAUCUGCUAAAGCUGAUGGCUAGAUGGAAAAAGAGGACUUUCUUGCACCUCAGGAGGCGGAAUAUCCUCCAGUGUAGCACAGGGGGAGAAGUGAGAAGUGUUACGACGUUAGUACGAUGUUAGUGCCCAGAUUGGGCAGCACCCACGGCUACAGUAUCAGGUCAGUUUUCUCAUGUCUGUGUGUUUGGCUUCCAAGGACACGAAUGACUUACAAUACAGCCUAACUAUGUAAUUUACAUCAAGCCACACUAAGAAAUUCUGCUUUACCUCCAGCGGUUGCUGUUUCUCAGUAUUAUGACAUGUGACAGGUGAACUCCGGGAACUGGACCUUGCAACAUUUGUGAACUAUUUACAAUACUUGUGAACUAUUGCAUCCUUGAUUUCUUGUGCAUGUCUCUGUGAUGUAGCUCACCCCCCUCAGCAUUAUUUGAUACAGAUUGUUUGUUUU